CAUACCACUCACAAGAUGGCGGAGACGCCGACGCACGAUCCCGACACUUUAGCGUUUACACCGGAACUUAAAAAGGAACACGGCAAGCACAUCGUCGAGAUAAAUUCUUUGUGAACCACAGGAACCGGAAAGGGUGAUCACGACGCAAGAGUAGAACUUUAGUAAGGGUUUAAAGCUGUGUUUUUUUGCUUGUUUGUUUGCUUCUGAGUAAAGAUGUACAUUUAGUCGCGUUAAAAUCGGAUUGGUACAUUCAUUUUCUCUAAAAAAAUGACCAAAGAGAAACGACACCGAAGAAGGGAGUCUCCGACGCGAGAGACCGAAGUAAAGAUAAAACAGGAGAAACUGAGCCCCAGUAGGCCACAGAGAUCACGCCGUUCGAGGUCCAGAUCCGCCGGGACAUCAAGUCCACCGAGAAGAAGAGCGAGCAGAUCACCGGCCAAGGCAAGGCAGCGCUCACCAGAUAGAAGGGAAACCUCUCCUGUUGGAACAAGCAACAGAUCUCCCAGAAACAGAAGAAGUCGCAGUCCUCAUCGUGGCAGCGAUGCCAAAGUGAAGCGGGAAAAGGAAGAACAAAGGGGAAGUGGUGAUGAGCGGAGAAGAAGGAAUGAGCAGUCAGAGGACAGACGGAGCAGGUGGGAAUCAGACAGGCCGCGGGACAGAGAACGCAACAGAGACAGGAAUCGCGAACGAGCCGCUCUGGCUUCUCAGCAAGAGGAGCGCCGGCAGCAUGAUGACCGACGCAGGGAGAACCGCCAACGGCGUGAAGAAGAAGAAGGCGAGGAACAUAACUUCGGAACCUCUGACGGAGGGAGUGACGACUCAAGGCCGCCUCCGGCUGAGAAAGAGAAGCCCAACUUUGAACUGUCAGGCGCGCUCACGGAAGACACCAACACGUUCCGGGGCGUGGUGAUCAAGUACAACGAGCCGCCCGAGGCUCGCAUCCCAAAGCGCAGAUGGAGAUUGUACCCCUUUAAGAAUGACGACCCCCUUCCUGUCAUGUACAUCCACAGACAGAGUGCCUAUCUGUUGGGGCGCCAGAGAAGAAUCGCUGAUAUCCCCAUUGACCACCCGUCCUGCUCCAAGCAACAUGCGGUAUUCCAGUACAGAUUGGUUGAGUAUACUCGAGCCGACGGCACCACUGGCCGCAGGGUAAGGCCUUACAUUAUUGACCUUGGUUCUGGGAACGGCACCUACCUGAACAAUCAGCGGAUUGAGUCCCAGCGUUACUAUGAGCUCAAAGAAAAAGAUGUCCUCAAGUUUGGCUUCAGCAGCCGUGAGUACGUGCUGCUGCACGAGUUCUCGGACACGAGCGAGGUGGAUGUGAAGCAGGAAGAGGAAGACGACGAGGGAGUUGAUGAGUAAUUUAUUCCCACGUACUCGAUUGUUCACAUAUAUUCAGGCAAGAUCACUAAAAUUGUUAAAAAUGCAGAGCUGUCUGCUGAAAACGGACCUGCAAACUGGUAAAAUGCAGGAAUUAAUGCCCCAAAAGCGAGUGGAAUUGUAUAUUUUCUGUAAGUAAUGAAGUCUUGCUUGAAUCUGCCACAGUUGUCUCAAAGUAGACCUUUUCUCAGGUUUGUGUGAUGCAUGAUUGAUCUUUCUGAUCUCAUGUAAUGUGUCAGGGUACAUAGCAUUACUGCGGUGUGAUCCCUGGAUCCUUAAAUAAAGAUUUCUUAUUGACAGAAUAAACAUUGAACUACAGAUUACAUUUAUUUUUCUUUUGACAUUUUUGUAGAGCAAGCACAGGGAAAAUAUUUGACUUGUGCAUCUUUGCACAACUACAAUGUUUAUUCAAAGACUUGCCAUUUCUUUUUUUUUUCAGUUCAGAUGCAUUUAUAGUAAGUGUUAAUUUUUGUACUGUAAAUAAAAGCUAAAAAUUUAGAUCAAACAA